AAACCCCACCGUCCCACUUCUUCGGUCGUCGGUAUAUCCUUCUUAAUUUUCAAAAUCUCCCAAACGCUCGACCUUUUUUUUUUAUUUUCUUUUUUCUCUUUUUUUCUGGGUUUCUUAUUCUUUAUUUUAUAAAAGAAAACCCAGCAAGAGGACAACGAUUUUCGUACCAGGAAGAAGGAAGAAUCUCCCCAUAUCAUAAGGUCAAGGUUUCGGUUCCAGUAAUCGAAGCCGUUCAAGUUGUAAUACAUGGAGAUUAGCGGAGCAACAGAGGCCUUGAAUCGCGUUCCUUUAUCAGAGGUUGUUUCUGAUUGCGUCAAAAGAUGGUUCAAGGACACUUUGAAGGAAGCCAAAGCUGGCGAUAUCAACAUGCAGGUCUUGGUGGGUCAAAUGUAUUAUAGCGGUUAUGGGGUUCCUCGAGAUGCUCAGAAGGGAAGAAUUUGGAUGACAAAAGCAUCAAGAAGUCGAUCGUCCGUCUGGAAAGUUAGUGAUAAACAUCCAGGCUAUAAUGCCAGUGAUUCAGAUUCAGAUGAAUUGACUCGUGAUUCUUAACUACACCAGUGUUGCUGAUUUCUCUAUGUCAUGUCAAAACAACCACUGGAUGUGGUUUUCACUGUGGAAACUCUUCUUGGUCAGCUAUCUUUGUAGCUCUACGCAUAGUUGCUUCCUGAUUGUUGGAUUUGAAGGAUGUAAUAUGCUUUGAUUUUACCUUUACUCUUCAAGCAAUUUAUCACACUUUCAUGUGGUCUAAUUACCUAAAUCUUCUAUUCAUUUUUCAUUUUCUGUUUAGGUUACCACUUUUUAUUGUCUGCAGGAGAUUUUCUUUUGAUUUUUGCAUACAUGUCCAAAUUUUGAACUUUUUUAGUUGCUAUCUCAAAUUCUCCUAUUAAGCACAGCCUUAAGUCUUUCCAACUA